CCUCAGGUUUGGCGAAAACUUCGUCUUGAUUUGCGCUACGUGAUGCGGAACGGUUUCACCUACGAGGAUGCGAAGGAACUCGUGAGUGGAGAGCACGUCGUCCACCCGCUCAUUCACCAUGAGCCCUUGGUCAAGAUGCUGGUCAGCAUUAUUCGGAGCAACGGGCUGGACGCAGUUCCUUGGACGAGCUUCGUUCCAGAGAUGUACUACCUCAGCGCUGAAGUUCGACUGGAAAGCAUGUUUGACCGGAGUGAAAAGCCUGAACCGUGGUUUUCGUUGGGCGAAGAGUACGUUCACGAUGGACUCGAGCCAUUUUCUUCCAGUAGCAGCGGGGACUCCGAAUACGAACAAGAAGACGAUGUUGAACCUGACGAUUCGGAUGUUGCACCCAAGGUUUCUGAAACUGUAGUUCCAGCGAAUCAGUCAUCUCCUGCGGCCAAGCGCAAACUCGACAUGCUUGAAUCGGGUGCGGCCAACCAAAAAGAAGGUUCAACGCUUCGUCGCUCGCCGCGGAAUCAAUACAAGUCAAACCAAGUCAGUCUGGAUCUGCGGUCAAGAAAGCGCGACUUGCGGCCAAGGUCAUCGAGCAGCUGA